AUGGGCGACUCUGCAAUUCACGCUUUGGCAGGAUCAGUAGGAGGAUGUGUAUCAAUGGCUUUGACCUAUCCACUGGUCAAUCUGUCUACUAGAGCAGCGGUACAAACUAAGAAGGAGAAUCUGACUAUACUUGAAGCGAUUCAGGAAACGCUUCACAAAGAAGGUUUAUCAGGAUUAUAUUCUGGCUUAUCGAGCUCCUUAGCCGGUAUAGCUAUUACCAAUGGAGUCUACUACGCUUUCUAUGAAGAGACUAGAUCAUUGUUGAUCAAGCGAAGAGGCAAUACCUCUUCAUCGAGUAUCGGUUUAACAACUGGUGAAGGUAUCGUGGCUGGAUUGAUCGCUGGAUCAAUAACUACCCUCGUUACUAACCCGAUUUGGACCGUUCAGACCUCGCAAUCUACUCAUGCGGUCACCGAAACCAAAGCAGGUGAAGUCAAAAAAAUCAAACCUUCUGCCAUUGAAGCUGCCAAGGAGAUCCUUGAUAAGGAUGGUAUCAAGGGUUUCUGGAGGGGAAUCGGGCCUGCUUUGAUAUUGGUUAUUAACCCUGUGAUUCAGUAUACCACUUUUGAAAGACUCGUAUCAGUCCUCUUGUCUUACAGACUAUCCAGAACUGGCGCGACAUCGACUGGGCAAAAAGCUCUCGGAAGAAGUUCUCUCAGUGAUUGGGAUCUGUUCUUCCUAGGAGCAGCGAGUAAAUUGGUUGCUACCGGUGGAACUUAUCCUUAUAUUGUCGUGAAGUCGAGACUUCAAGCUGCUACACACAAAUACAAAUCAUCUCUGAAAGCAAUCUUACACAUCCUUGAGGUCGAAGGCGUUUCAGGUCUUUACGCUGGAUUGGGUCCUAAGCUACUUCAAUCAGUACUAACCGCCGCAUUCAUGUUUGUCGCUCAGAGAAGGAUUUAUGAGUUUGUCAAGAAUCUUGUCAUUAUCGCCGCUCAGAAACGACUUGCUACUGCUUAA